AUGGUGCAAGGAAGUGGACGUGGUAAGGGAAGGAAGAUGAAGGUGAUCGACAAAAUCCAGUCGCUGGCCGACGAAGGCAAAACGGCGUUUUCCUUCGAGUUCUUCCCGCCGAAGACGGAGGAUGGAGUCGACAAUCUCUUCGAGCGGAUGGAUCGGAUGGUCGCUUACGGUCCCACUUUCUGCGACAUCACCUGGGGAGCUGGUGGAUCCACCGCCGAUCUCACCCUCGACAUCGCCUCGAGGAUGCAGAACGUCGUUUGCGUCGAGAGCAUGAUGCAUCUCACCUGCACUAACAUGCCGGUCGAUCAGAUCGAUCACGCGCUCGAGACGAUUAGAUCUAAUGGGAUUCAGAACGUGCUUGCGCUUAGAGGAGAUCCGCCUCAUGGUCAGGACAAAUUCGUCCAGGUCGAAGGCGGAUUCGGUUGCGCUUUGGAUCUCGUCAAUCACAUUCGGAGCAAGUAUGGUGAUUACUUUGGAAUCACCGUUGCUGGUUAUCCUGAGGCUCAUCCUGAUGUCAUUAACGAUAAUGGCUUAGCCACGAAUGAAGCUUAUCAGAGUGAUCUUGAGUACCUUAAGAAGAAGGUUGAUGCUGGUGCAGAUCUGAUUGUUACUCAGCUGUUCUAUGACACUGACAUUUUCCUCAAAUUUGUGAAUGAUUGUCGCCAAAUUGGGAUAAACUGCCCCAUUGUUCCUGGAAUUAUGCCGAUUAAUAACUACAAAGGGUUCUUGCGUAUGACUGGUUUCUGCAAGACCAAGAUACCAGUUGAGGUCAUGGCUGCGUUGGAGCCAAUCAAGGAUAAUGAAGAAGCUGUGAAAGCCUAUGGUAUUCACCUUGGAACAGAGAUGUGUAAGAAGAUUUUGGCUCAUGGGAUCAAGUCUCUUCAUCUCUACACACUGAACAUGGAGAAAUCAGCUCUUGCAAUACUGAUGAACCUUGGUAUGAUUGACGAGUCCAAAAUUUCUCGCUCUCUACCAUGGAGACGCCCUGCAAAUGUUUUCCGUACUAAGGAAGAUGUUCGUCCCAUUUUCUGGGCAAACCGUCCAAAGAGCUACAUUUCUAGAACAAAAGCCUGGGAAGAUUUCCCACGAGGCAGGUGGGGUGAUUCACGCAGUGCUUCGUAUGGUGCACUCACGGACCAUCAGUUCUCACGUCCAAAAGCACGUGACAAGAAGCUUCAGCAAGAAUGGGUUGUUCCAUUGAAAAGCGUUGAAGAUAUUCAGGAGAAAUUCAAGGAGCUCUGCAGUGGAAACUUAAAAAGCAGUCCAUGGUCUGAGUUAGACGGACUCCAGCCAGAGACAAAGAUCAUAAACGAGCAGCUGGUGAAAAUCAACUCCAAAGGCUUCUUGACCAUCAACAGCCAACCAUCAGUCAAUGCUGAGAAAUCCGAUUCCUCAACUGUUGGAUGGGGAGGUCCAGGUGGAUAUGUAUACCAAAAGGCUUACCUAGAGUUCUUCUGCUCAAAGGAGAAGCUAGGUGCAGUUGUUACGAAAUGCAAAACUUUGCCAUCUAUAACUUACAUUGCUGUGAACAAAGGAGAUACCUGGGUCUCAAACACUGCCCAAACCGAUGUGAAUGCUGUUACUUGGGGAGUCUUCCCGGCUAAGGAGAUCAUUCAACCAACCAUUGUUGAUCCCGCGAGCUUCAAAGUCUGGAAAGAUGAAGCAUUUGAGACUUGGUCAAGAAGCUGGGCUAACUUGUACCCAGAAGCUGAUCCUUCCAGAAACUUGCUCGAGGAGGUGAAGAACAGCUACUAUUUGGUGAGUUUGGUAGAGAACGACUACAUCAACGGCGACAUAUUUGGAGUCUUUGCUGAUCUUUGA